UUUGAGCUUCACGGGGAAAAAAACCUGAGGGAGAGCUCGGCUGCAGGAGUGGAAGCAGGAGGAAUACGCAGGGCAAAGAGCAGCUGACGCACAAACCCAGGUAUCCUGAAAAGGAUAUUGUCAUUGGAAGCCUCAUCCUUUUCAAAGUGGAAGGGUUUUUUUUAUUCUACAGGCUGAGAAUCACGCGCGUGCCAUUCGUCACCAGCUGAAGAGAGAUAAGUGAUGACAACAGACUAUUUCAUGCGUCCCCAAGCGCUGGAAACCGGCCUAAUUAAUAAAAAUUGAGUGGAUGGUCAGAGCUUUUACUUUUUUUUUCUGUGCGGUCAAAUGAAACCUCAAGAUACUUUUUGUUUCACCUUGGUGUGGUGAACACGCUGGACUGCAAGCGAGAGCGUAAAAAGUGGCGAUAGGCUACCUCGUAUAACCUAACCCUAACCUUAGAUUUCAUUUAACAAAAAACAACCGGGGUAACAUCCUUGUUUUUUAAUGAUAAAACCAGCGGUUGUCUUUGUUUUAGGGCUAUAACACCAUGGAGGAAUUUCUUUGAGUCGAGUGAUGCUGCGCCUUAACAGGUGACAUAUUUCGCGCGCGUAUGCGCGUGAGGUGUUUUUGUUUUCUGUAAAUGGCUCUAGCCAAAUGUAGUCAUACAGCGUGGUGCACUGACACCAGAGCAGAUUUCUGUGGAAGUCUAUAUCUAUACAUCUUAUAGGUAAUCUUGAAGAUGGGCGUUAGAGAAAAUAAUCCAGUGGAAAUGCUUUAAGUGCAUUUUAAUUCAUGUUCACCUUUUUAUUCAACCAGUAUUUCUCGAAAUAACAAACAAAUGUUUUUUUUUUUGUUCAAAUGUUUUUGGUGACACGUCAUUUAGUAAUAAUUUAGUAUAGUUGACAUCAUAUUAUCCAUAGUUUAUUUUGUUUGCUUUUUUUUGACAAUAUAAAACACAAAUCAGUUCUCAAACUGAUCAUUUCAGAUUGAAUGACUUGAUUAUGCGGGGGAAUUAAUGUCACAAUGCUUAUCAGACUACUGACCAUCAUCCUUUUAAUAGUCCACACAUGGCUGCUAAACACAGCUUUCUCAGACCACAUUCAGCACUACAAGCAGAGUCUAGUGCUGAAAGAGGCCAAAAAACAGGCUGUUGAAGAGCAGUGCGGCUCUGUCAGCCUCAAUGUCCCUGCAGCCCGACACUAUCUUCUAGCAGGCAUGCCAGGCAAAUAUACCCGUCUGCCAGGCCUCUAUCUGAAAUCAGUGCUGAACACAGGCUUCAGCUCAGGUGAAUGCAGUUCUGACAGAAGCAAUGUCCCAGGAAUGUGUGAUGAAAGUGAUGAACAAAAAAAACAUGGCGAUAACUCACUACUUAUAGCAAAUGGAGUGCAGCUCUCGUCUUAUCCUGAAUCAUGGGGCAGUGGCAGCCAAGAAAAAAAUGUCAUUGGUUUGCCACAUAGGUCUAACCAAAGGAUACCUUCAAAACUGAAAGAAGCACUGGAUUCCUCGUAUGUUGACAACUCUGCUAAGUUUUUCUCACUGAAAAUGACAGAUUCAAGCAGUGAAGCCACUAAAUCAGCAUUAGUCAUGGCAGAACUCCAAAGCCCUUGGACAUGGAUGGAAAGGAGAGAUAGUCCCUCCUCAGCAAGAAGAGUGCGUCGCAGCCCUGUAAAGUUCACUAGUGAAGGGAACAAGCAUUUAGGGGAAGGGAAUGAGGAUGACUCUGGGGAGGUGGAGGGAAAAAACAGACCAGCUACAGAAUUAUUGCAUGCCAAGAUCCAAAAUAUCCCACCGAAGUGGAUGACGGCACUAUAUUUUAGUCAGAGUGAGCAGCUGAAGGUGAAUCCAGCAGCCGGAGUUGAGCUUCCUCGCUCCAGCUUCACACUAGAACUAUGGGUCAAGCCUGAAGGAGGUCAAAACAAUCCGGUCCUUAUAGCAGGUGUGUUUGACAACUGCUCCAGCCACAGUGAGAAAGGGUGGUCUGUUGGCAUCCGGACUUUCAGGCCCAUGGGGAGAAAAGAUAGCCGCUUCUUUUUUACUCUUCGUACAGACCGUGCCCGAAGAUCCACCACUCUUGCUGGACAUCAGCACUACCAGCCAGGUGCCUGGAGUCAUGUGGUUGCCAGGUAUGAUGGCCACCGGAUGGCUCUAUUUAUAGAUGGUGCCAAGGUUAGAGAGAGCACACAGCAGUCUGGUGAUCUGUACAGCCCUUUUAUCAAGAGCUGUCGGACAUUUUUGUUGGGAGGUAACCUCUCUAGCACUGAACAAGGCUUUCGAGGUUAUCUAGGUGGUGUUGUCCUGUGGGAUCAUGCACGCAGUAGGAACGAGCUUUUUAAAAAUGAUGAGUGGCGUUCAAAGAAACAGAAACCCCUCCUAGAACUCUGGGCUGACUUUUCCAUGAUGGAGGAACAAUGGGUGCCAUACAAAGACCACCCACACCCAGCCAUUGUAGUUUUACCAGCACCAGAACAGGAGCUGAUUUCACCUUUUCUGCCUCCUGCUUGUGGGGUGACUGUCUGUGACAAUCCAGAUGUUAUCCUGAGCUACAACCAGAACUGGGAUUUGCGGUCUGCUAAAACAAUACGAUACAGUGUGGUAAACAUGUUCAAUGACGAUGGUAGCAGUCCCACUGUGUCAGAUCAGCAGAUUCUUUCUCAGAAGCAGGCACUGGAAGAGGCUUUUGGACCAUACAACCUGACACUUGAGCUCAGCAUAAUUGAGGUGUACAACUCAUCACUGCGGCGACGUCUUGUGCUCAGCAACUGCCAUGUUACUAAGGUGGGAGAUCGCCACUGUGACCGGGAGUGUGAUCACCCACUCACAGGCCAUGAUGGAGGUGACUGUCUGCGGCCAAGCACCUGCUACAGCUGGAUGAGGGGCGAUGGGGUGUGCCAGCCAGAUUGCAACACCAUUCACUAUGACUACGAUGAUGGUGACUGCUGUGAUCCAGACGUCACUGAUGUCACAAGAACAUGCUUUGACCCUGAGUCACCUGAAAGGGCUUACCUGAGUGUGAAGGAGCUAAAGGAGUUGCUUCACCUGAACAGCUCAAACACACUGAAUGUGUUCUUUGCCAAAUCAGCUCAGGAAGAGCUUGCUGGGGCCGCUACAUGGCCAUGGGCCAAGGAGGCCCUUACACACCAAGGUGGAAUGAUACUGAACCCAUCCUAUUUUGGUACUGUUGGUCAUAACAAUACCAUGAUCCAUGAGAUGGGCCACAUUUUUGGACUGUACCAUGUCUUCAAGGGGGUGAGCGAGCGUGAGUCAUGUGAUGACCCAUGUCAGGAGACCAUCGCAUCCAUGGAAACUGGAGAUUUCUGUGCUGACACGGCUCCAACCCCAAAGUCCAAAGCAUGCCAGGACCCUGGCCUGGUCAAUGACUCCUGUGGAUCUACACACUACCAUAAUACACCCUACAACAACUAUAUGAGCUAUACAGAUGAUAACUGUACCAACCACUUCACACCAAACCAAGUAGCUCGGAUGCACUGCUACAUUGACUUGGUGUACAAUAACUGGGUUCAAGACAGAAAGCCCACUCCCAUUCCUCUUCCACCAAUGGUGAUUGGCCAAGAUGAUGACUCUGUGUCCAUUCACUGGUUACAUCCAAUUAGUGGACCUCUCAUGCAAAGGGAGGAGGGAGUGAACUGUCAGUUGUGUGAUGAACACGGAGCACUCCAUCAGUAUGCCUACAAGGCCUCCUCACCCCAUUCCUGUGACAGCAGUGGCUACUGGACACCUGAAGAAGCUGUGGGUGCUCCUGACGUGUAUCAGCCGUGUGAACCUAGCAUGCACUCUUGGAGCCCCGAGUUCAGCCUGUAUGAAGCCAAUAUGAGUUCUCAGUGUCUUCAGACUGGAGGAUGUGUUUUGCACUUGUACUUUCAGUAUCCAGUAGUUCCAGACACACUAACUGUGUGGAUCACCUACAUCUCCUUCAGCAAGCAGGCAGUCUCUGAUCUGGAGUUCAUCCUGGAGACAGGUGAAUCACUUCACACUGGCCCACAGAAUGUUUUUUGCGAUAUUCCUCUGACUCUACGUGCCACUAGUAGUAAGAAAGUAAAGGCUGUCAAGAUCUCUACCUUUGAUAAGAAGUUGGAGGUUGAUGCCGUGCUGCUGACAUCACGACCCCAGAAUCCUCACUGUUCUGUCUGUCGUCCGUUCAUAUACCAUGUGCUACGAGAUCCACCCAUACGGGAAGGCAAGAGCUCUGUCACACUCAAACAGUCCACAUAUACAGACAGUGAUGUACAGAAAGGGAUGCGGUAUGAGUACAGGAUCCAGGUGGAGGCUGAAGGCUUACGCAGUGAGCUCUCUCCUUCUCUGAUCUACACCCAUGGAGACCCUUUCUGUGGAGAUGGAAAAAUACAAGGGAUGGAAGAGUGUGAUGAUGGGAAUCUCUUGGACAGAGAUGGCUGCUCCAAAAAAUGCAGCAUGGAGCCAGGCUUUAACUGUGUGGGUCAGCCAAGUCAUUGCUACUUUUAUGAGGGUGAUGGUGUAUGUGAGGAAUUUGAGAGGGGCUUCAGUGUUCAGGACUGUGGCUUCUUUACCCCAAAUGGCUUUAUUGACCAAUGGGCUUCCAGUGCAACAGCUUCCCAUCAGGACUGGCGGUGCCCUGCACUGUCUGCAACAGGAGAGCCCAAUCUCAGUCUGAUGUGCAGGUCUCAGUAUGUGGAAAUGAAUGACGCACUAAUGAGGGAUGCGUGGGUCCCCUGCACAGCCAGCAGUCACUCUGUCCAGCAUCAGCCUGUGUGGCUCAGGGUGGAAUUUGAGCGGCCCGGAGUAGCAGCUUCAAUUCUCAUCUAUCUGGCCUAUGAUGGAGAAAUGCAGAACAGUGGCGAACAGUGCAAAAGAACAGUGUCCAUCCAACUCUGUGACACGAGUAACAAAAACCACACACUAGGUACCUAUGAGCUGUCAUGCCUGCGUAACCCCUUGGUGGUGAAUGUGACUCACAACCUGAGCAUGCCCUUCUUCAAGACAGCUGCCUUGUUGCUGAACUUCUCCACUGUUCAUGUGGCUGUGCUAGGGGUAGCAUUGCGUACAUCCUGCCAGUUCACUCCCUAUGCCCUGACUGGGUGUGUGCGCAUACCAUGCACUGCGGACCCCUGCAGUGUUGUGAAAGUAGAGCAUGCUUCAGUCAGCUGCACCCCCAUUCUGGACCCCAAACACUGCUCCAUCACCUGCCACAGAGGGUACACACUCAGUGGCCAGGGCUUUCGUCCUCAACAGAGAGCUGCAGAGCUGAGCUGUGUCAAUGGUGUUUGGGACCGUGUGGUGAGCUGUGAGCCUGUGGACUGUGGUCUGCCUGAUAACUCUCAUGUCUAUUUUGCCUCCUUCACCUGCCCCUGGGGAACUACUUUUGGCAAGCAGUGCACCUUCUCCUGCAACUCACCCUCCACAUUGCAAGGUGAGAGCAAUACAUUGGCCUGUCUUGAGGAUGGACUGUGGUCAUUCCCUGAAGCAUAUUGUAAGAUUGAGUGUCUGGACCCGCCCACUGUACCCAAUGCCAAGCUCUUGGUGCCACAGUGUGAGGGCAGGAGCCAUGACGUGGGCACUGUGUGUCGCUACAAAUGCAACCCCGGAUAUUAUAUUACGGGUACCCUGGCCAAAAAGCCAAGGAAGAGGUUUCUGAAACUGGAGUGUUUAGAGGGUGGCAGAUGGCAGACGGGAGGCUGUUCCCCUGUCUCAUGCCCUGCUCUGCCUGCCAUGUUUGAGGGGAUGUACACAUGUACCAACCACCUGGAAUAUAAUAGUGUGUGCACUCUACACUGCCCUGUCCCAACUGAGAGGUACUCAAUUCGCUGCACAAAAGAUGGGCAGUGGACUGAAGACUUUUUAAUGUGUAAAACGAUGGAAGGAUUGUGUCAGGUCCCUCUGGAGCUCAACAUGGUGGAGUAUACCUGUGAAGAGGGUUAUGGCGUUGGUGCAGUCUGCUACCCAGUGUGUGUCGUACCCUUAAGUGACCCUGUGGUGUUGCCCAGUAACUCCACGGCUGAUACACUCAAACACUGGGUCCUUCCCACCAGGGUUGAGAGCAUUGUAUGUACGGGCACAAUGAAAUGGCACCCCAGCCCUGAGCAGAUUCACUGCAUUCAGUCUUGUGAGCCAUUUGGUGGAGAUGGCUGGUGUGAUACGAUCAACAACCGAGCCUAUUGCCAGUAUGAUGGAGGAGAUUGCUGUCCAUCCACACUUUCUACCAAAAAGGUCAUCCAGUUUGGAGUGGACUGUGACCUUGACGAAUGCACAUGUCGUGACCCUGAGGCUGAAGAGAACAAAGGAAGAAUGAGGGAGUUUAAGGCACAAGGACCAUAGCAGUACAAAUAGGAGAAAAAUUAAAAGAAGACUUGGAUAAAAACAGAAUGUGGAAAAAUAUGGACAAAACAAAUAAAACCAGCACAAAUUGAAACAUAUAAACUUACCAAAUCUAUACUAACCAAUCUUAUACUAAUCUUAUAAAUAGAUAUUUGGAGAUUCUGACAUUUAUGUAGGUGUAGAUAUGGCCUACUUUUCUUUUUGUCUGAUAAGCAUUUAUUCCCACCAAAAGUUCUCAUGUUUUUUUUAUAUAGUAUAUAUAUAGAUUAUCUAAAAGAAAUAUUCAAAUAUUGUAUUGAUAGUGUUAGCUUGUUUUGUGCCACAUGCUCUGUUAAGAAACCUUAAGACAGAAUAUAUUAUUGGUACUGACCUGUGUAGUGUAUGCAUGAAUACUUUGAAAAGAAACAGAUUUAAUUAUAACUGAAAGUGUAUGACAUACUCUAACACAACAUUCUGUAAAUGUAUGGUUUUACUGAUGUAUCAGCGAAAAUA